AACCAAGUUGAGCAGCAGCCAAAGUGAUACAUUAAGAUUUUACUAUCUUGUUCGAUUAGCUACGACUGCGUGAGAGAUGGCAUCGAACCAGGACCAACUUAGCUACCGCGCCGGCGAGGCCGAGGGCCGCACCCAGGAGAAGGCUGGGCAGGUGAUGGGCGCGGCCGAGGGCAAGGCCUACGAGGCCAAGGACCGGGUGGCGGCUCUGGCUGGCCACUCGUCCGGGCAUGGCCGGAGCGCCACGGAGGCCACCAAGCACAAGGCCGGCGAGGCCGGAGACAAGGCGUCCCAGACGGCGCAGGCGACCAAGGACAAGGCUGCCGGCACGGCGCAGGCGGCCAAGGACAAGGCGGCCGGGACGGCGCAGGCGGCAAAGGACAAGGCGGCUGGGACGACGCGGGCCGCCAAGGACCGCACCGUCGAGAGCAAGGAGCAGACCGGCAGCUUCCUCGGCGAGAAGACGGAGAUGGCGAAGCAGAGGGCGGCGGAGGCGGCGGAGGCGGCCAGGAAGAAGGCGUUGGAGACGGCGCAGUACACGCAGAACAGGACAUACGACGCGGCGCAGUACGCCAAGGAGUCCGCCGUCGCCGGCAAGGACAAGACCGGCAGCGUCCUCCAGCAGGCCGGCGAGACGGUGGCGAACGCCGUGGUGGGCGCCAAGGACGCCGUGGCCAACACCCUGGGCAUGGGCGGCGACAACACCAGCACCGCCAAGGACACCACCGCGGAGAAGAUCACCAGGGAUCACUAGAUUAGAUACACGCGCUCGCGCUUAAUUUGCUUUCGUUUCCUUCUCUUGGUACACAUUUCACGUUCCAGUUUCAUCAUCUCCUGACGCACAUCUCGUGUCUUGGCCUCUUGGGUCCGUGUGGAUGCCUGACGGGAGAUGUAACUUUGUGUUCGUCAGACACUUCUCUUUUCAAGUUCGAUUAUGCUGUAAUAAUAAUAAUACUCAAUACA